AUGACUGAGCUUGGUGCUCACUUUUUAGAAAAAUUUCUAAGAGACGAAUUUGAAUUAAAUAAUGAACUAGCACCUUCGAUUGAAUUAGAUGAGGAAUUAUCAACUUCAGCUGAAUUAGAUGUGGAACUAUCAACUUCGGCUGAAUUAGAUGCAGAACUAUCAACUUUAGCUAAAUUAGAUGCAGAACUAGCAACUUUGAUUAAUUUAAAAGCUAUGUGUAAAGAUUGGACAUGGGAUAAUGAUGACUUGGCCUAUUAUGAUAUACUAGACCUGACACCAGGAUCCAAUAGUACAUUCGCCAAAUCUUUACCAGAAAUAUACAAAACUUUAAAUAAUCUACCAAACCCACAAAAAAAAGAUUAUGAAAAAAUAAAAAAAAUUGUUGACAUUAUUAUAAGCCCAAAUUUAAAGAAAUCAGUAGAUGAAUUAUUUGGAAACUCAUAA